AUGAAGUUCACCAACGUUGUUCUUGCCGCCAGCGCCGCCAGCCUAGUCUGUGCCUACCCCAAGGGCCGAGAGGUCAUUCCUUCCAAGCGCAAUGUCGACGUCAAGAAGCGGUCUAGUGGUUUCACCUGGGUCGGUGUCAGCGAGUCUGGUGCUGAGUUCGGCUCAAACAUCCCCGGAACCCUGGGCACCGACUACACCUGGCCCGAGACCUCUCAGAUCGAGAUCUUGCGCAACAAGGGCAUGAACAUGUUCCGUGUUCCUUUCCUGAUGGAGCGUCUGACCCAGGGCAGCAUCACCGCCACCCCCGAUGCGACCUACUUGGCUGCUCUGAAGAAGACUGUUAACUUCAUCACUGACAGCGGUGCCUAUGCCGUCCUUGACCCCCACAACUAUGGAAGAUUCGGUGGCAGUAUCAUCGAAUCCACCGCCAACUUCCAGAGCUGGUGGAAGACCGUUGCGGCUGAGUUCGCCGACAAUGAGAAGGUGGUCUUCGACACCAACAAUGAGUACCAUGACAUGGAGCAGAGCCUUGUUUUGGAGCUCAACCAGGCUGCCAUCAACGGUAUCCGUGCUGCUGGCGCCACCAGCCAGUACAUCUUCGUCGAGGGUAACGCCUACUCUGGCGCCUGGUCUUGGACCAACACCAACGACAACCUGAGCGGCUUGACCGAUACCGAGGACAAGAUCGUCUACGAGAUGCAUCAGUACCUCGACUCCGAUAGCUCUGGUACCUCCGAGACAUGUGUCAGCUCCACUAUUGGACAGGAGCGCCUUCAGUCCGCCACUGCUUGGUUGAAGAAGAAUGGCAAGAAGGGUGUCAUCGGUGAGUUUGCCGGUGGUGUCAACGCGGACUGUGAGGCCGCUGUCGAGGGCAUGCUCUCCUACAUGUCCGACAACACCGACGUCUGGAUGGGCGCUUCAUGGUGGAGUGCCGGUCCUUGGUGGGGAAGCUACAUGUACAGCUUGGAGCCUUCAAGCGGCCCUGCGUACUCGACCUACCUGCCCAUCCUGGAGAAGUACUUCGUUGGCGACUCCUCGUCCGCCUCCACCUCCGCUUCCACUUCCACCGCCAGUGCCGUCGAGACUUCCACCUCCACCACCUCCACCAUUGAUGCCGUGACCACUGCCACCCCCGACAGCCAGGUCCAGGUGUCCAGCACUGUUGAAUCCGCUACUCUGUCCGUCGCACCCGUUGAGACCAGCGCCCCUGCUACCUCCGUUGUGCCCACCAGCGUCCCUACCACCAUGGUCAGCGUCCAGUCUCCUUCGCCUGUUGUCUCCGCUGCUCCUACCAGCAGCGUCUCUGCCGUUCCUAGCGGAAGCGUCGCUCAGCACUACUACCAGUGCGGUGGCAUUAACUGGACCGGUGCCACCUCUUGCGAGAGCCCCUACACCUGCGUCAAGCAGAACCCUUACUACUACCAGUGUGUCUAG